CGUAGUGCGCGUGCCCGCCCAGAGCACAAAGUAGGCCUUCAGAAGAAAGAGUGUAACCACAGUCAUUAUACUUGUUAUCAAGGAGUUUGAGGUUUUUUUCAAGCCGACUGAGGCAAAUAUUGUGUGGGCUGUACUGAGCUUCCUUACUGCUGCCCCUCUGGUCUCCGGCAGAUCACGUUUCUGUUUCUCAUGCGUAAUUGGAAACAUAUACGCUCUCGUAGCUCGGACAGCUUGGUCUCUUUGCAAGGUAGCCAUUAACAUGGGAGGAGAGUGAGCCAGCUGUCUUUACUAGUCCUAGUCCAACUACAAAGCCGGCCUUCUCCGCUGGGGGUAUCUUUAGUUCGGGUUAUUCUGAGGGGGGUCGAGGGCGACUGGCAGGAGGCGAAGAGUCUGCUGGAGCAGCAUCUCAGCACCUGUAGUCAGAAACAUUGGUUCUUCAUCAAAGGCGAAAGAAUGGAAAGCAUGUCGAAACCUCGGUCCAUUGAUGAUUGCAACAUAACCCAACCAGUUCCUGCAAGUAAAGAUGAACCUGUUGUGAUCCCUGUGGAGAAGACUUCUACCACUAUGAAGCAGGCCAGAAGACGACAGCGCAUUGACAGUGGGAACAGAAGCCUUACAUGCGAUCAGUGUGGAAAGGCUUUUACUCGUAAUAGCAGUUUAAAAAAACAUCAGCUCAUGCACACUGGAUUUAAACCAUUCAGCUGUGAUCGGUGUGGAAAGGCUUUCACUCACAAUGCCAGCUUAAAAAUACAUCAGCUCGUCCACACUGGCAUUAAACCAUUCAGCUGUGAUCAGUGUGGAAGGGGUUUCACUCAGAGUAGCGGCUUAAAAAAACACCAGCUCAUCCACACUGGAUUUAAACCAUUCAGCUGUGAUCUGUGUGGAAUGUCUUUUUCUGACAAUGGCAAAUUAAAAAGACAUCAACUCGUUCACACUGGCAUUAAACCAUUCAGUUGCGAUCAGUGUGGACAGGCUUUCACUCAUAAUAGCAAGUUAAAAAAACAUCAGCUCAUCCACACUGGAUUAAAAGCAUUCAGCUGUGAUCAGUGUGGAAUGUCUUUUACUGUAAAUGGCAAUUUAAAACAACAUCAGCUCGCUCACACUGGAUUUAAACCAUUCAGCUGUGAUCAAUGUGACAGGGCUUUCACUCAGAGUGGCAGUUUAAAAAAACAUCAGCUCAUCCACACUGGAUUUAAACCAUUCAGAUGUGAUCAAUGUGGCAGGGCUUUCACUCAAAGUGGAAGCUUAAAAAGACAUCAGCUCAUCCACACUGGAUUGAAAGCAUUUAGUUGUGAUCAGUGUGGAAAGACCUUCACUGAGAAUGGCAACUUAAAACAACAUCGGCUCGCUCACACUGGAUUUAAACCAUUCAGCUGUGAUCAAUGUGACAGGGCUUUCACUCAGAGUGGCAGCUUAAAAAAACAUCAGCUCAUCCACACUGGAUUGAAACCAUUCGUCUGUGACCAGUGUGGAAAAUCUUUUACUCUGCAUACAACCUUAAAAGAACAUCAGGCCAUCCACACUGGCAUUAAACCAUUUGUCUGUUGUCAGUGUGGAAAGGGUUUUGGUCGCAUGGAUACUUUAAGAAAUCAUCAACUAAUCCACACUGGAGUUAAUUCAUUUUUAAGCAGUCAGUGCUAAAAGGCUGUUACUUCUAUGUACACAUUCAAAAAAAAUCUGAUCGUUCACACUGCAAUUAUAGUGUGUGUUGAAUUAUGGUAAUUGUGAAAUUUGUGGAAAGUCUUUCAUUUAUAACAAAUAUUAUUGAGUCAUCAGAAAAUCCACACUAUAUGUCGUGCUAUGACAAAACUGGCAGACCAAUGUGACAUUACUCUGACAAAGUUCUUUUGGACGUCCUGGUCAAUCAUCUUAACCUCCUAAGACCCGAACACUUCCACGGCAUGCAUUUUU